CUACCAGAUGGCAUUGUGUACAGCAAGAAAGAUGGUCGUUUGUACUACACCAAUAUGGGAAUUCCGCCCUGUAAUGAUGGGAGUGUUUGCUCAAUACGUCCAGACGGAUCAGACCCUCAGAUUGUCCUAUCGAAUGGUCAAAUUCACACUCCCAAGCAACUCGCUAUGGACAACGUAGAUGGCAAGCUAUACAUCGCUGAUAGGGAAGGUCUCCGCGUCAUGCGUUGUAACUUGGACGGUUCUUGUCUGGAAACUUUGGUGCAAACGGGGAACUCAAAUAACGCAACGGACGCCUGCGAUCAGACUAGAUGGUGUGUCGGCAUCGCCAUAUCCCGCCGUACAGGUCUUUUCUAUUGGACGCAGAAGGGCCCAUCCAAAUCAGGGACUGGACGUAUAUUCUAUGCUCCUAUCGAGGGCUCUGGGCUUAGACAGCCAACGCUUCUGCUCCAGAGCCUCCCAGAGCCAAUCGACUUGGAAAUCGACGAAUCUACGAAUACGCUUUACUGGACUGAUCGUGGCGAGCUACCCUAUGGAAAUUCCUUCAAUCGACUGGUACUGAAUGAAGCAGGCACUCGCGCCAGCUCUGACAAUUUUGAGCCUACGGUAGGGCUGCAGCAUGAAGUACUUGUGCAAAACUUCAAUGAAACCAUUGGGCUGUGCCACGACAAGGAUGCUGGAAGAUGGUAUGCAGCCGACAUGGGAGGAACAAUAUGGUCAUUUGCUGAGAAUGGCAGUGGCAAGACCAUCGUAUUCCAUGAUGAACAUCGUUCGUUCACCGGCAUUACCCUUGUA